GUGUCAAGUUUACCGGAAAUACCGCCUUCCUACCCCCAGCUCUGUUUCAAUUCAACUCACACUUGAUAUUUCUAUAGCUAAGUUACGUUACCUAGCGCUGGAACGUUUAGUAUUGAGCUGGGCUUUCUAAAACACAUAAGUUGAGCAUAGUGAGAAACGAAAAGGCGUGAAAGGAGAAACGACAUGCCGCACAAUUUCCGGCCUGGCGACCUAGUUUUCGCCAAAAUGAAGGGGUACCCCCACUGGCCUGCCCGGAUUGAGGAUGUGGCUGAUGGAGCCGUAAAACCUCCACCAAACAAGAUCCCAAUCUUCUUCUUCGGGACUCAUGAAACAGCCUUCCUGGCACCAAAGGACCUGUUUGCAUUUGAGAAGUACGGUGAGCGUUUUGGUAAGCCUAACAAACGGAAAGGCUUCAAUGAGGGACUGUGGGAGAUCCAGAACAAUCCUCAUGCCUCCUACAGCACACCUGCUACUUUGAUGAUGAAUCAGAUGCCUGCAAGCUCAUCGGACACGGAAGACAAUGAUGCCGGGGCGAAGAGUGAGCCUGAGGAGGAGGAAGAGGAGGAGGAGAAGGCAGCGGUUGUGCCGUGGCGUACUGAGACUGGCAGUGAAGAUUCCGACUCGGGCAGUGAGGAUCAAGGAAAAGCAGGAGUGAAGCGGAAGAUACCUGCGCCUAAGCAACCUUCAGCAAAGAAGAAGAAGGCCCGAGGUUCAUCCAGUGAGAAAGACAAACAGCAUGGCAAGGGGACCACAUCAGAGUCUGAGCCGUCCCCAACAUCAGACUCUGAUUCAGGGAAAAGUAGUGACCAGGACUUCACACCAGAGAAGAAGUCAACUGGCAGAGGGGGGAGAAAGGCCACAGCAAGAGGAAAGAAGACGAAGCCUUCAACAGACUCCGAUUCUGAUUCAGGAUCACAGUCUGAGCAGAAAGGAGGUAGAUCUGACUCGGAUGACUCUAAACCCCGGCCUGCCAUCUCUGGCUCGGAGUCCCAGAGUGGUUCCAAAUCUGAGUCUGAUUCUGAUACCCCUGCUCGUAAACGUCCCCCGCCUGCCAAGAAAGAAAAAGUGGCCCCCAAAGCACCGGUCAGGAAACAGAAGGCCGUCCCAGAGAAGGCUUCAUCCUCCUCGGACAGUGACAGUGACAGUGAAACAGACCACAUCAGUGACUGGAAGAAACGAGAUGAGGAGCGUCGGCAUGAACUGGAGGAGCGGAGGAAGAAGGAGGAGGCGGAGGAGCUGAGGAGAUUGAGAGACAGGGAGAAGGAGGAGGAUAAGGAGGAUAAGGAGAGGAAACGGGACAAAGAAAAGGGCGGGAAAAAGGACUCUAGCAGCAGCUCGGAUGAGGGAGUAGACGACUUUCCCCUUAAGAAGAGUAAGAAGCCCCCCCCACCCCCACGCCCUGCUCCGUCCGACUCUGACUCACCCGCACCCAGUGAGCCCAAAAAAAAAAUCAAACGCUCAGACAACCAGAAGAAAGAGCGAUGGAAGAAGGAAAAAGACGACGAGAAGAAAGAAACACACAGGAAGAAGAAAACGCAGCCCGCAGUGGACAAACCAAAGAGUAGGCAGGACAAAGCAAAGCAUAAACCAAAACCAAAACCAGAGAAAAAACCCGAAAAGAAGAAAGAGCUAUCCCCUGAGGAGAAGCUGCAGAAGCUCCACCAGGACAUCAAAUUCGCACUUAAAGUCGACAACCCUGACAUCAAACGUUGUCUGGAAGCACUGGCAGAACUUGAAUCGGUCCAAGUCACAAGUGCCAUACUACAGAAGAACUCUGAUGUCAUCGCUACACUUAAGAAGAUUCGUCGGUACAAAGCCAGUGGUGCUGUAAUGGAGAAAGCCAGUGAAGUAUACAACAAAUUGAAACUGCAGUUCCUAGGGAAGUCUGACCCAACUGCCAAAAACCCACUGGAGAACCAGAACCCGGAUGAUGGUGGAACAGAGCCCCAACUUCAAGAUCUAAAACCAGUGAAUGGGGAGUCAGAAUCUCCGGAAAAAAACAUAGAAUGUCACCCUGAAUCUCCACCUGCUGAAGAAAGCCCCGAGCCCAAGCUUGUCAUUUCCAGCAGAGCGGAAUCAGAAGAUUUGCCUGAGAAACAUGUUCCCUCUGAUGUCACCAAACAUAGUCCUACUCCUAAUGCACAGACUGCUGUAGAAGAAGAGAGCUGAAGGAGUCACUGUGUUUCUGUUGGCCAGAAAACCAAGAAAAGUCAUUGAUACAUAAAUCUGUACAGACCCUGUCCAUAUUCUUGUUUCCACCUUUUCCAUAAGCAUAAUGGCCUUUCACUCUUCUCUUUUCCAAUGGGGUUCCUCCAGCAUCAGCCUGUGUUGUUUAUGAAGUGAGAGAGAUUAGAGAUUGGGUUCUUAACACAUUUAAGUCAUCAGAAACCGGCAAAGAAAACUUAGUUUGAAUAUUUACAGCAUGCCAAUUGUUAGGUGUCAAUCAUUGUUGUGUCUGAGUGUGUAUUUUCAUUUGAAAUGACAAUAAUAUGCUGUUCUACGGGGACAAGAUGAAGAACCUUUUUUUAAAUGGGACUAAUGUAAGUUGUUUGAGCCAUAUUAGUUUUAUGAGUUAUUUGUGUGACAACACUUGUAUAAUAACUGUUAAAUGUCAUCUCUAACAGAAUGCUGUAUACAUAUUUUCUCUUGUCUGGUAUACCCUCAAUUUUUGCUUUCAAUAACUUCAUGAAUCAAACUAUUACACAAAGUCCAUAUAAAUAAAUACUUUUUAACUUGUAAAAAUAUUCACAUAAACAGUUUAGAUAGUGUCACUUUCAAAUAUGAUUGUAGUUCAAGUUGAUGUAUAUCUGUGUUGUUUGGUUACAACCUUUUGUAUUCCUAGUUGAAUAAAAAUAGAGUGUACAUUA